AGGCAGCAGCAGACGCAGCAGAUGGCUUCACCAGCGGCGGCGGACACGAAGCAGAGGGAGGAGCUCCGGAGACUCCGGGCCGGAGAAAAGCGACAGAGUGACACCUCCUCCUCCUCCCCCCCUCCUCCCUCCUCCUCCCCCUCCUCCUCUUCCUCCUCUGCAAAGACCCAGGAAGACAUGUCAGCGUGAGCACCAAGUUCCACCGCCGGAGGAGCAACAGUUGUGCGGAGGAGAGGAGCGUGCGAUCUUCCUCCUCCUCCUCCUCCUCCUCCUGAGCCGUGGUGGAGGGGAGGACACCUGCUGACCGCGAGGAGAAGGAGAAGUGGAGUCGUCUCUGCGUCUGAUUGGUUCACCCGUUUCAGGGGGUCGAAAAGGUCAUGGCGGGCCGACUCCUCCUCUUGAUGUUUGUCUCUGCGGCGCUUGGCCACGCCCACUUCUCCUCUGGCCAGCGUCUGAAGCCCCGCCUCCAGAGAGACCGCCGCAACAUCCGGCCGAACAUCAUCCUCAUCCUGACGGACGACCAGGACCAGGAGCUGGGCUCCAUGCAGGCCAUGAACAAGACCCGGCGCAUCAUGGAGGAGGGCGGGACCUCCUUCUCCAACGCCUUCGUGACCACGCCCAUGUGCUGUCCGUCACGCUCCAGCAUGCUCACUGGGAAGUACGUACACAACCACAACACCUACACCAACAACGAGAAGUGCUCCUCGCCGUCAUGGCAACGGCAGCGUGAGCCACGCAGCUGUGGGGUCUACCUCAACAGCACGGGAUACAGGACGGCGUUCUUCGGGAAGUACCUGAACGAGUACAACGGCUCCUACGUCCCCCCCGGCUGGAGGCAGUGGCUCGGCUUGGUGAAGAACAGCCGCUUCUACAACUACACACUGAGCCGCAACGGGGUGAGAGAGAAGCAUGGAGCGCAGUACCCCCAGGACUACCUCACUGACCUCAUCACCUUGGAGUCCAUCCGGUACUUCCGGUCCUCUAAGCGGCUCUACCCCCACCGGCCCGUGAUGAUGGUUCUGAGCCACGCGGCGCCGCACGGACCCGAGGACUCGGCCCCGCAGUACAGCACCGCCUUCCCCAACGCCUCGCAGCACAUUACUCCCAGUUACAACUACGCCCCCAACCAGGACAAGCACUGGAUCAUGCGCUACACAGGCCGCAUGAGGCCGGUCCACAUGGAGUUCACCAACAUGCUGCAGAGGAAGAGGCUGCAGACACUGCUGUCUGUGGACGACAGCGUGGAGCAGCUCUACAACAUGCUGGUGGAGACGGGGGAGGUGGAGAACACUUACAUCAUCUACACCUCCGAUCACGGGUACCACAUUGGACAGUUCGGCCUCGUCAAAGGUAAAUCCAUGCCGUACGAGUUUGACAUCAGAGUCCCAUUCUUCAUUAGAGGACCCAACGUGGAGCAAGGCACCAUUAACCCUCACAUUGUGCUGAACAUCGAUCUGGCUCCGACCAUCCUGGACAUCGCCGGCAUGGACACGCCUGCAGACAUGGACGGGAAGUCCAUCCUGUCCCUGCUGGAGACGGACAAACCUGCCAACAGGUUCCAGGUGACGAAGAAGCCGAAGGUGUGGAGGGACUCCUUCCUGGUGGAGAGAGGGAAGUUGCUGCACCAGCUGGUGGAAAGGAAGGAAGUGUCCCAGGAGGAGAACUUCCUGCCCAAAUACCAACGAGUAAAAGACCUCUGCCAGAGAGCUGAGUACCAGACGCCCUGUCAGCAGACGGGACAGAAGUGGCAGUGCGUGGAGGACGCCACGGGGAAGCUCCGGCUCUUCAAGUGUAAGCACGACGGGGGCGGGGCUAAGGGCGUGGACGGUCGACAGCGUCCAAUCAGCGCAAAGUCUCAGCUGUACCGACGGGACGCCAAUGCCGGCUGCGACUGCGACCUCCGACCUCUGAAACCAAGGCCCUUCAACAAGAAGCCGUUCUUCUACAAGAAGAAGGUCAAAGCUCUGAAGAGUUACUCCAGGAAUCGCUACAGCCGCUCCGUCGCCAUGACCAACAGUUACCCCGGCAACCACAGCUUGGGGGGCGGAGCCGAGUGGCCUCGGCCGACGGGGACCGGCUUGGAGGACGAGUUCAGCGGGAUGGGAGGAGCUACCGGCGGUGUGGCCACACCCACCUCCCACAAGGUCACUCACAGAUGUUCCAUCCUGCCCAACACCACGGUGAAGUGUGACGGCGUGUACCAGACUCUCCAGGCCUGGAAGGACCACAAGCUGCACAUCGACCACGAGAUUGAGACACUGCAGACAAAGAUAAAGAACCUGAGAGAGGUCAGAGGUCACCUCAAGAAAGGCCGCCCCCUGGAGUGUGACUGUAAUAAAUACCUGUACAAGUCCAAGCUAAAGAACAAGCUGAGGUACCGAGGAGUCGGAGGACACCCCUUCAGGAAGGGCGGGGCUCGGGACAAGAAGGCGUGGCUUCUGAAGGAGCAGAAGAGGAGAAAGAAAAUGAGGAAGAUAAUCAAGAGGAUCAGAAACAACGACACGUGUUCGAUGCCGGGACUCACAUGCUUCACCCACGACAACCAGCACUGGCACACCGCACCCUACUGGACACUGGGUUCAUUCUGCGCCUGCACCAGCGCCAACAACAACACUUACUGGUGUCUGAGGACCAUCAACGAGACGCACAACUUCCUGUUCUGUGAGUUCGCCACAGGAUUCCUGGAGUUCUUUGACCUCAACACGGACCCAUACCAGAUGAGGAACGCCGUCCGGUCUUUGGAUUAGAACGUCCUCUAUCAGCACAGAAACCAGGUGAUGGAGCUCCGUGGUUGCAGAGGCCACAAGCAGUGUAACCCAGGCACACAGGCAGGAGGGCGGGACCACAGCAGCUUUGAUGACUACAGAGUGUUUGAGAAGAGGAAGUGGCCGAGAAUCAAGAAGCCUUCAUCAUCAUCUCGAACCCUAGGACCGAUCUGGGACGGCUGGAAAGGCUGAGCUGCCUGAUUGGUCGGAGCAGGUUCCUGACUCCACCUACAGCAGCCUGAAGGAGCGUAGGGGGGCGUGGUCGUUGAGAGGGGCGGUGACAACCACGCCUUUCUCGCCCCUCGUCCCGUCAGCUAAUCAGCUUCUGCAAUUUCUGUGACAUCACUCGGCCAUCCUCAACCUGCUGCUCAGGGAGACAAAACGCUCAUCAGCUCCUCCUCUUCUUGCUUUUUCCUCCCCCUCCUCCUCCUGUUGCUAUAGUUACUAAACUGAGACGGAGGCGGACCAACUUGAAUGCUCUGACAUCACUGCUGGUGUAACUGUGAUGUCAUUUCCUCUAUAAUUAUUCUUUAUUUUGUGUACUUCUCCCACUAACUUGAGCAUUACGGACGACAGCCACAGGUCUACUAACCCGGUGACUGACUACAGUACCCACAAUGCAACACGGCAGCCCUGAAGAAAUGUGACGAAUGAGAACAUUUUGAUUGCAAGUAAAAAAAGACAAAAAGAUGCACUUUGAACUUUAAACCUUUUCAUGUCUUGUGAGACAAUGAAAAGAGGACUACAUGGUGAUGUCAUCGCGCUCAGAACUUACAGCUGUUAAUCGGUUCUUUCACUCAUGUUGUCCAUCAAACAUCAGCGACCAAUCACCUUCUUGCUCCGGACCAUGUGGUCACUUCCUGUCUGCUAUAACAGCGACGAGUGAAAUGUGAUCUUUCAGCGCUCGUUUCAUUAAAGCAGUUUACACUUUGAUAUGAAAACA